GCGAAGCGGCAAAAGCAACAAACCCACUAUAAGAUUUUCCCUCGUUUUCUCAGAUUCUCCACAAUUUUCUCUCCCCACAAACAUCUCCUAAAUCCCCGCCAAUACACAGACUCAAUUCCAAACCUCCUCCUAAUUCUUUUUUCUCUAUCUAUAAUAGCCAUGCACUCUACAAAGAUUCAUCAAGAUUGCAAGACAAAUAAAGAGAAGGAUACAAGGGAUUAUUAUUAUGAUAAAAUAAGUAAAGGAAAGAGUUCCUUAUUAUGCUUCAGACCGUCGGUGGUUGUGGAUGGCUUCGGCUGUGAAAACGGUGGUAAAAGAAAUUCCGUUAUUCAAUAUAUUGAGAUGGAACCUAAUAAAGAUGGAGUUGUUUUUCCUCAGAUGUACCCGGCUUUAUUACAGCCGUCAUCUUCUCAGACGCCGCCGCCGGAGAAAGAUGUCGUCAAUCACCGGAAAAAGAAAAAUCGUAAGAAGUUUUUACAACUACUCAAGGCUGUUUUCUUCGAGACAUCAUUGGCUAGAAAGCUCAGGAAAAAAGCAUCCAUGAAGAAGUUGAAGCAGUCCAAAAAGUCAAAUCCAUCAGGAAAAGUAGAAAAGGAUUUGAACCUAAACCCAUUAAAGGGAAAAUCAUUUUACAAAAGAUUUUCCAGAAAAGAUGGAAUAAUAAUUUCUAAUUCUCCUUCAGAAAAUGCAUCAUUUCCCUGUUCAUCUUCAUCUGUUUUGCCACGAAAUUCGACCAAUUCCAAGCAAUUAGUAAUUGACAAGGUGGUAAUAAACGAUCCAAUUGAAUCCAAGAAGAUGAUGUUAGACAUUGUUAAAGAAAAUGGGAAAGGGUAUUAUGGCACUAAUACAGGGUUGUUCUUACUUCUUGUGACUCUUUUGGUUCUGGUCUUCUGGGGUAAGCUAUAUGCUAUUUUGUGCACUUCGACAUGGCUAUUCUUUGUUCCAAAUUGGAAUUCAGGGAAGAAAUUGUUGAAUAAUAGGGAUAAAUCGGAAUCAAUGGACUUGGAGGAGAACAAGAAGAGUUAUGGACGGGAUAUUAGAAAGGAAUGGAACUCGGGUUAAGUAAUUUAAACUAACCAUUUCAAUCUGUCCAAAAAGACAAGAGAUUGUAAUUAGUUUUUGUAGUUUCUGUGGUCUCUCCAAGUGUAUAUAUAUAUAUGUAAUAUGUAAUCGCAAUAAUUUCUCAUGCCGGUUUUAUAAUUUGAAAUACAAGGCUAGUUAAUUGUGGCAUUGGCUUUAUAUAUUCUUUUGUAGUUGUAGCCACAAUUUUUGUGUUGGCAUUAGAUUCUUUCACACUGUA